CCGAAACACAUAAGCGCGUUGCGGCGCCGCGCCGCUGAAAUCGGCAGUGCGCUAUAGCGGUGCGGCGCCGCAACGCACGACGUGAAUUCCAGCGUUAUGACGUCAUACUUGUUGACAAGGAUGCAGUUUGUUUCUAACACUCUUGCAAACAACACGUGUCAACCGAGAAGCAGUUUUAAAAUUAAAAUGUCUGACGUUGACGUCGAUCUUUUUAUAUCUUCGGUUCAGGAACACCGUUGUUUGUGGGAUACUAGUGACGAAACCUAUAAAGACAAAUUUAUAAAACAAGAAGCAUGGAAAAGCAUUUGUGAGAUCGUUUAUGUUGAUUACAAGGAAAAAAACUCAACCGAAAAAUCAAAACUGGGUAAUGAUUUAGUCAAGAAGUGGAAGGCCAUAAAAGAUAAUUUUGCUAAAUAUCAAAAAAAACUAAAAGAUGCCAAUCGAUCAGGAGCUGGAGCUGCAAAAAUUAAAGAAUAUCACUUGAAUAAACAAUUACAGUUUUUGAAAAAGGUUUCACAAAAUGCAACUGAUUCCAGUUUAUGCGUAGCGGAAGGAGAUAUUGAGAAUGAAAUAACGGCAUUGCCUCGUUAUAAAAGUCAACCACGAAAACGAAAGGCAGAUGAUAAGGAUGAUAUUGAAGAAGAUUUAUUGGCAAUAUUAAAAACACCGGAGAAUAGACAUUUGCAUUUUUUCAAGGGGAUUUUACCAUCUCUACAAUCGUUAAAUGAGAAUCAAACAUUGAUAUUUCAAAGUCGGGUGCUUCAAAUAUUAACCGACAUUCUUCAACCUUCAAUUCAUCAAAAUACACAUCACGGCUAUAAUCAAGAAUAUCAGCAUCAGGGUUACAAUCAAGGAUAUUCAACUAUGAGAUACGAUAAUACGGUUCAGAGUGGCUACCACACUUCUACUCCUGGAAGUUCGAUUACUGAACAGAGGACUACCUCAUCAUCAAACCAACAACGUCCAAUAAAUUCACCAUUUUUACUGGACGAAACGUCAGCUACUUCCUAUGUUUCACAAGAUGAGGAGUUUGAUUUUUCUUAA